AUGAUCGUGGACUCGAAAACAGGUGUCAAGCCUGGAGACGCUUAUGGCGCUUUGUACUUUUUGUUCUUCGCGAAGACGUCGGAACAUCGCAAAUUUGUAUCCCAGAAUCCAGUCUCCUAUGAAGGUUCACAGCGAAGUUCGCAUUCGGGGCAGGCUUCCCCGUCGUCAGUGCCAAAGUCGCAGACUCUUGAGAAGGACCUGGUUGUUGCCAGUAUGAUGAAGGACGACGUCUCCUGGCUAUAUGAUAACUUUCCUGAAUGGCAUAAGAGUAUCUACGUGGUGGAUGAUAAGCAGGCGAAGUUGACGGUGGACCUGAACAAGGGAAGGGAAUCUAUGGUGUACUUGACGUAUAUCAUUGAUAACUACGAAAACCUCCCCGAUGCGAUGCUAUUCAUCCACCCACAGAGAUUCCAAUGGCACAAUGACGACCCCUACUACGACGGUGUCCCCGUGCUCCGCAAUUUCCAGCUCCCCUACCUCCUGAAGCAAGGAUACGUCAAUCUCCGCUGCGCCUGGGUUCUCGGAUGUCCGGGGGAGAUCCACCCGCUUACUGAUACUCAUCGUAACGACGUCCAUGUAGGCGAGUACUUCAAGACUGGUUUCAUGGAGCUCUUCCCUGGCGUCGAAGUGCCGGAGGAAGUUGGGGUUUCGUGCUGUGCGCAAUUCGGUGUCACGCGAUCGAAGGUCCUUGAGCGGCCAAAGAGCGACUAUGUACGGUUCAGGAAGUGGUUGGCUGAGACACCGCUGGAAGAUGACCUUAGUGGGCGCAUCAUGGAAUAUUCAUGGCACAUGAUCUUCGGAAAGGGCCCCGUUUACUGUCCCACUGCCGAAGAGUGCUACUGUAAGGUGUUCGGGCUGUGCAAUUUAUCUUGUCCAGACGAGGGACAUUGCGCCGGACGCUACGUGCUCCCUCCUUAUUCUUCACUUCCAAAGGGUUGGCCGUAUAAGGGCUGGAAUGGCCAGGACCAGGACCCGACUAAGGGACUGCCUGAAUCUUGA